AUGCACUCGGGCAAGGUGGUCGCGAUCCUGUGUGCCGCCGCAGCGCACGUUGUAGUCGCAGCAAAUUCAUGGAUCGCUCCAGGGGCAGUUUGGUAUGAUACAGCAGGUAACAAGAUCGAUGCCCAUGGCGGCAACAUCGUGAAGAGGGGUGAUACCUUCUACUGGGUCGGCCAGAGCGCAGCCAGCUCUGAGACGCCUUUGAUGUACUCAUCCAAGGACCUACUUAACUGGGAGAACCUGGGCAAGCAGGCAUCAUCCAUCACGGGCAUGUGGAGGCCUAAGAUCGCUAAACCGAAUGGGUCUUUCUGGCUGUACGGGCAGCAGGACCGUUACGCACUGUCACUACGGUCCACGCAGAUGGUCGGCGCUUACACGCAGGUCGCCAAGGUGCACCUCCCGCCGAGCGACUACAGCUACUCCGACACGGGCAUGUUCCUGGACGACGACGGGACGUGGUACCUACUCACGAGCGCAGACCACAACAUUGUGCAGAUCAACAGGAUCAAUUCAGAUGGGGCCGUGGGCGACCGGGUCACCUCUUUCGCAAAAGGUGCAUACGAGGCUCCCGGCUUGUUCAAGGUCGGCGGUGUGUACUACCUGAUCGUCUCGGGCAAGACGGGCUGGAGGGCGAACCCGAACAAGGUCUUCUGGGCGACCUCGCUGGGCGGGACCUGGAGCGGCGGCACCGAUGUGGCGCCCGCGGCCGAGAAUACAUACGGCUCACAGAACACCUUCGAGCUUACGAUCAAGGGCUCCCAGGCUACGACGUAUGUCUACAUGGGCGAUGCGUGGGACUCGAAGGGGGGCACGAGCUCGAACUAUAUCUGGCUCCCUAUGUCCGUGGACUCUGGAGCCCACACCGUGACGUUACAGUACCACUCCAUGUGGAAGGUGGACGUUAACACUGGUGUCGUCUCUUAUCCCAGUACAAAGAAACGAUAUGAGGCUGAGGACGCCGAUUUGUCUGGCAGGGCUGCCGUUGUUUCUUGCGAGCAUUGCAUCACCAAGCGAAAAGUCCACAGAGUCUCGCCUGGUAGUGAGGUAGUCUUCAACAAUGUCACCGGCACGGGCUCUCUGGAAUGGUACACGUUUCACUACGACGUCAGCGACCCUGCAGCAGGCGAGGCGCAAAUCAUCAUCAACGAUGAUACCCAGCCGACGAACCUGUCAGACCUCAACUCACGUGCCGGAAAACAUGGGUCGAUUCCCGUCCAGCUCAAACUCCGAGAGGGUGACACGAACACUAUUCGAUUUGGGGCCCAUGGAGAUAAGGUCAGUGUCGAUGGCAUCGAGCUCCAUGAUGAUUGA